AUGGCGGCGUCCAGUAACGCGGAGCAUUCUCCAGAGAUAUCGACGCCGUUGAAGAUUCCGAAAACCGAGGUGCCAUCCCCCGAGUCGGAGGAUUUGAGUGACAGCAAUCAAUACCACUCCAACCCGCCGACCCCGAACCGCUUCUCGCCUCUGAACGUGGGCUCCGGGGCCGCGGGCCGGACGGCGGCCUCAUCCUCCAACAGCUUCACCGCUUGCCGCGGGAUGUCGUGGACCCCGUCCGAGACGAACGCCCUCAUCGCGGUGUGGGGCAACGAGCGGCUGACGGAGGCGCGGAUGCAGCAGCUGGAGGUGGCGGGCACCGUGUUCUCCGGCAAGGCCCCCGGUCCGGCCAUGUACGAGCGGGUGUCCAGAGCCCUGUCUGAGCUGGGAUACGAGAGGACCCCGUCCCAGUGCAGGGAGAGGAUGAAGGUAAAUGAGACACUGCGCCGCUGUUACAGCCGUGUGAAGGAGCAUGGCAUCGGUAAAAGGAAGAGCAGCUACACUAUUGAGCAGCUGGAGAAAGUGUUUGGUCAGGGAGGCUGGGACUCCCAGAGCUGUGCUCCGGUGCUGAUCAACAGCAGCGGCCUCUAUCAGGAGAUGGAGUCUGAUGGCAGCACCCUGGAAGACUUCUCCCAGGAGGACUGGUGCAACCAGGUGCUGGACUCGGCUUUCCAGGAGGGAGACAUGGAGACUGACGAAAUCCAGGUGCCUAAAAACAGAGCUCUGCAGAUUCAAGCAGAGCUGUCAGAGCAAACCCAAAAAAGGGGCAUGAUGCAGACUGUGAUGCGUAUCCUUGAAUCAGUGGAGCUGAAAUGGGAGCACUUCCAAACAUGGACUGAGUUCUCACGGCUGCACCUCUCCAACAAACUGGCCAUCUUUGGCGUGGGCUACAACACGCGCUGGCGUGAGGACGUGCGCUAUCACUAUGCUGAAAUCAGCUCGCAAGUGCCACUGGGCAAGAGGCUUCGCGAAUACUUCAACCCAGAAAAGCCUGAGGGCCGUAUAAUCAUGACCAAAGUUCAAAAGAUGAACUGGAAGAAUGUCUACUAUAAGUUUCUGGACAUCACCAUCAGCGAGGCACGCUGCCUGGAGCUGCACAUGGAGGUGGACUGGAUCCCUGUGUCCCAGUCCAGGGCAGCAGGUGGCAGCAAAUGCACAUGGCACUACCUCCUUCCUGGGGACAUCCCUAAGGCAUACGGACUCUACGCUAUCGGCUAUGUGGCAGUGUCUUCCUCCAGCGACACCGGUCUGGCCUCUCCCCAGGGUGACAGCGAAGACCACAGCUUACCCCAGUGCGAAUCGGAAAGCUGGGCUCUGAGUCAGGCUGAUGGAGAGGGAGCAGGGCAGGGUGACAGGACUGGGGCUAAAGUCACUUACUGCUACUUGGGCAUAGCUGAGGAUAGGACCCUACAGCAGGGUCUCUUCCAGCACUUUCAGGGUUCUGCCAAACACCACGUCCACGGUGAACCCUCCGCCAUGACGCAUUUCCUGCAGGAGAACUGCCGCGGCGUUGUCACGAGUUGGGACGCGGGAGGCAACGACUUGUCGCAGCGUUUUUCUAUUUACAUAAAAUUCAUUGAGGUGGAGCUGGACUUCCUCUCAGCAGGGUCCCUGGUGGAGUGCCUCGAAACCGCUGUGGGUUAUCCCUUGAAAUACAACAACAGAGAAUCAUCAUAACUACUCACCACGACAGUGCUUAUGACUUGUACACACUGAAGAUUUAUUUAAUAAGUAUAACAGCCAGCGAGGCAACAUGAAC